AAUCCUGGUGCCCAGGGCGUCCCGGGGGCGGUCCGGCCGCGCCGGCGAUGGCGCAUAAAACCUCCGGCCACCUGCCGGGCCGCUCCUCCGUGCGUCGCCGUCCGGGCCCCGCCGUGCCGCUGCGGUCCGCGUCCCCGGAGUCGCCGCCUGUGUCGCCUGUGUCCCGUUCCCCGUCCCCCCCAGGCGCGGAGCCGCGCGAGCGCCGGGCGGGAGCCAGGGCGCGCAGACAUGGGCAGCCGCGCCAGAGCGCGCCGGGCGGCCGCGGUGCUGGGCUUCACUGGGCUGCUGUGCGCCGUGCUGGGAGCCGUCAUGAUCGUGCUGGUGCCCACGCUCAUCAAGCAGCAGGUCCUCAAGACUUUAAUAUCCGUGUGGGGAAGUACACAAUGUCGGGUGUAGACGUCGAUGAAUUUUCACGAGAUUUGCAUGCUUGCCAAGCUCGUCUGGAUCACUUGUGGAAGGCUGUCCUCCACCCUCCGUGUCAGCGCCCACCCUGGGGUACAGCUGUCCCCUACCUCUGUCGCCAGAGAGCAGCUUUGCCCACUGCCAGAUCGUCGCGGGAACGGGCUCCUACAAAUGUGCGCAUCGACCCCAGUAGCCUAUCCUUCAACAUGUGGAAGGAGAUUCCCGUCCCCUUCUACCUAUCCGUCUACUUCUUUGACAUUGUCAACCCCGACGCCAUCCUCCUGGGGGAGAAGCCGCAGGUGCAGGAGCGUGGGCCCUACGUGUACAGGGAGUUCAGGCACAAGAGCAACAUCACCUUCAAUGACAAUGACACGGUGUCAUUCCUCGAGUAUCGCAGCUUCCAGUUCCAGCCCGACAAGUCCCAUGGCUUGGAGAGCGACUAUAUCGUCAUGCCCAACAUUCUGGUCUUGGCCGCGGCGAUGAUGAUGGAGAAUAAGCCCAUGAGCCUGAAGCUGAUCAUGACCUUGGCAUUCAGCACGCUCGGGGAGCGUGCCUUCAUGAACCGCACUGUAGGCGAGAUUAUGUGGGGUUACGAGGACCCCCUCAUUCACCUCAUCAACAAGUACCUUCCGAACAUGUUUCCCUUCAAGGGCAAGUUCGGGCUAUUUGCAGAGCUGAACAACUCUGAUUCUGGGCUCUUCACCGUGUUCACGGGGGUCAAAGACUUCAGCAGGAUCCACCUCGUGGACAAGUGGAAUGGACUCAGCAAGGUCAGUUUCUGGCAUUCUGAUCAGUGCAACAUGAUCAAUGGGACCUCAGGACAGAUGUGGGCGCCGUUCAUGACUCCGGAGACCUCGCUGGAAUUCUACAGUCCUGAGGCCUGCCGGUCCAUGAACCUCAUCUACAAGGAGUCGGGGACGUUUGAAGGCAUUCCCACCUAUCGCUUCGUGGCCCCCAGCACCUUAUUUGCCAACGGCUCGGUCUACCCACCCAACGAGGGCUUCUGCCCGUGCCGGGAGUCUGGAAUCCAGAAUGUCAGCACCUGUAGAUUCAAUGCACCCUUGUUUCUGUCCCACCCUCACUUCUACAAUGCCGACCCAGUGCUAGCAGAAGCAGUGCUUGGCCUCCACCCCAACCAAGAGGAGCAUUCCUUAUUCCUGGACAUCCACCCGGUCACCGGGAUCCCCAUGAACUGCUCCGUGAAGUUGCAGCUGAGUCUGUAUAUCAAGGCCAUCAGAGGCAUCGGACAAACAGGGAAGAUCCAGCCCGUGGUCCUGCCGUUGGUGUGGUUCGAAGAGAGCGGGGCGAUGGAAGGCAAGCCCCUGCAGACCUUCUACACCCAGCUGGUGUUGAUGCCCAGCGUGUUGCACUACGCCCAGUAUGUCCUCCUCGCGCUGGGCUGCGUCCUGCUGCUCAUCCCCGUCAUCCACCAGAUCCGGAGCCAACACGUUUUCAUUGAGCAACUACUGUGAGCUUGUAAUUGUACUGGGAGCUGGAGAUCGCGCAAUGGAAAAGACAUUCCUUCUUCAAGCAACCUUUGUUUACAAAGGACGUGGCUUUUCUUGGAGUCUCCACUGAAGUCAAGACUUGAGUCCCACCCCCUGGUGUGUGUAAUACCGCCCCCCCCCGCCCCCCGGAACCUCUCACAGCCGUGACAAGAUGUGCAAGAUGUGGGGCUCCAAUUGGCCAGGCUGGAUCAUGUGUCCACCCCCUGUUGCUGGGAGAAGGAUGGCCUGACGUGAACCGUAUGGACUGACAGCAGUGGAGAGACGGUUUUCCCAAAGAAGAAGUGGGUGCUGUUACAUCUUAAGAAGUGGGCAGAGAAAAAAAAAAGCAAUGCUCACUCCAGACAUCUGGGGUCCUGACUGAGACCCCCCGGGCAGCUCUGUGGUCCUCAGGGAAGGCCCCCCUGGGUCCACAGCUGCUCCGGGCCUCCGCCUGCCUCCGACGUCCUCACGGGAGCUCUGCCCGCCACUCGGAAGAUCAGAUGCGAUUUAUUCCUGGCAUCAGAGCUGCCACUUGCUGCGAGGUGCUUUGCAGCGGAACAGUAAGUUACAGGGCCAUUUAUCUUGCUGGCGGCUUCUGAUCAAAAGAGCAGCCUGCGCAGACAGGCCCUUUAACGAACACGAUCAGGGCUGUUCAUUUAGAAACCAGGAGACCUUGAAAUUGGCUUUAAUUGAAGGGGUGAGAAGAGAGGGGUUUGGCUGGGUUGGCUCCGAUUGGAAGCCCCUCAUCUCCAGAAAGGUCACAGCACUGGGCAGACCCGGCUUUGAAUCCGGGCCGGGCCUCUACACCUGACUCUGGGCAGGCUCUGUGACCUCCUCCAGACUCGGUUUUCUCACCUGUGAAAUGGACAUGUAUCGGUCAGCACCAGCUCCAUUAUGCUGUAGUAACAAACAACCCCCCAAAUCUCCUGGCUGGAAACAGGCAACAUUUAUUUCUCAUUCAUGCUAUAUGUUUCCCAGGCCUCAGCUGUGGGCUCUGCUCCGCACGUCCUCACUCAGGCAGCCAGACGGAUGGAGCACCCCGUCUGCAACGGGGAGCAUGCCCGGGCUCAGAGCAAACUGUGCACCUGUUCUUACAGUGUCUUUACACGAGCAGCUUACAUCACCUCCGCUCACAUCUCAUUGGUCCAGCAAAUCACAUGGCCGUGCUGAACUUCUGGGGGUGGGGGUGGGAGUAGAGAAAAGUCCUACUGUGUGACUGUUAGCAGGAAAACCAGAAGCAUUAUUCUUUAUCAGAGAGCAAUUCUGCUGAGCCAUCCUAGAAGUCAGGGUUUGUCUUCUCCCUCCUGGAGAUGCUGAUUACCUGCCGCUAAUCCACGCCUUCCUUGCAGGCCAGAUCGGUCACCCUCCCGCCACUCCCUCCGCUGCGAACUUCAGUGAACAGCAGUCCUCUCUCUGCUGCUAAAUAUCAAAGCAGGUCAGGCUCGCAUUUAAGAACACAUAUGGUGGCCUCUCUCAAGACCCCCAAAUCUGGCUCAGAGAGGGCUGGGACCAGGGAUUUACCUCUCACUGUAUCCCCGGGAUAGAACAGUGCCUGGUACACAGUGAGUGCUCAGUGAUUAUUUGUUGCAAUUACUAAAUGAUGCACCCAACAUCACAUGCCCUGGAAAAUGUCAGGGGCAGGAUUCUAAGUGCUCAGUGCAGCUCUCCCCAGGGGUCAUUGCUUACUGCUGAGCCCUCACCAUAUGCCAGGCCUCCUGAGCCAACUGCAUUAACUCCUUAAUCCUCCAAACAACCCCCACCCCACCAUGGUCGGCACCACUGUGGCAGGAUUUAAAAAAAAAUUUUUUUUUUAAAUUUCCCCCAGUUCUAUUAAGAUGUAAUUGACAUGACGUUGUAGUUUUGGGUGUACAACUUGACGACCUGGUAUGUGUGUAUAUUAUAAAAUGAUCACCAUCAUAAGUUUAGUUACCAUCCAUCACCACACAUAGUUAUAAUUUUUUUUCUUAGGAUGAGAUCUUUUAAGAUUUACUCUCUUAGCAACUUUCAAAUAUACAAUACGGUAUUAACUCGAGGCAGGAAUCUUUACUGAGAUACUCAUUCAUGUUUAGUUACCCUGUAACUUUCCCUCCUCUGAUUCCAAGACAGUAUCUAGCCCUUUGUCUUUUCUUGAUUUUUUAACAAAGAUUUUGUUUCUUUAUUAGAGAGAGAGCCGGAGAGACAGAGCAUGAGCAGAGGGGAGGAG